UGUUUUUAUCAUCACAGGAAAUUAAAAUGCAUGACUGAUAGUGAAACCUUGGCGCCUGAUUGGCCUUAUUUCAAAACCAUUGAUAGAAUAUUAUCUAAAGUCUCGGAGCACAAUGAUAUGAAAAUUCAUGAUAGCCAGCAACCAGGUCCUUCCACCUCACAAACCGAAGCUUCACAGUCACCAUCUGCCAAAUCAGCACCUCUCUAUUUGCCAUAUAAUCAGUUCACUUAUGAAGGACGAGAAGAAUUCUUUGAAGAUGAGCAUUCGGAGAGUUCCUCCAGCCUAAUUUCAUAUAAAUUAAGAACAGAAGAGAGGCCUGUAAAGAAAAGAAAGAUGCAAAGCUGUAGCUUUCAAAAAAAGAAGUUAAAGCUAAUGGAGGCGAUGCUAGAAGAACAAAAGAAACUGAGCCGGGCCAUGGAGGAAACCUGCAGGGAAGUGCGAAGGAUUCUAGAUCAACAGAACAUUAUCCAAGUCCAGAGUCUGCAGCUGCAAGAGAGGAUGAUGAAUCUAUUGGAAAAGAUGAUCACCAAAGCCAAUGUUUAACUUCUCCCAGAAAAAAGCAAUAUUAAUCUAUUUUAUAGAAAUGGCUUAUUUCAUAUCCCUAGGAUAGCUCCUUCCUUCCAGGUAAAUUGAAAGUGUAAAGAAGCAGCAUGAGCAUUGUAGGAUAAUUUUUAAAGAAAUAAAACUUGGGCUUGAUAUAUGAGUUUAUUUUGGGGGACAGCUGGUGAAACUGCACAGCAGUGAAUCUGGCCACAGUUUCCCACUUUGCUUAUGGAGGAGAGAUGUGCAGGCCCAGGGCUGGAACUGCGCAGUGACCGACUCUUUUUUUAUUGCCUGCUGCUCUCCUAAGGUCGUUGAGGUUGUUGAGUUUGGGUGCUCAGCAUCAAUAGCAGCAAGGUUUUGUUCUGUUUUGUUUGUUUUGUUUUUUGAGCUUUAACCAAGCAAAAAUAAUUUCUCACCCCAAAGGCAAGGACACCCAAUUUCAAAAUUUGUAAAUGGAAACAUAUUUUAGUCUAGAUUUUAAUGUGGAUUUCCAAAGAAUCUUGGACGUGGAGCAGAAUAUAUUUUAUCAGUUAUGGGGAAACCCUUUAAUUAAGAAAAGUGACAUUUCUGACUCACUUGCCCAUUCUGGAUAGGAACACAAGAUUUCCUCUUAGAAUUCCUCACAAACGUAAGGUUGAUGCUACCACAGACUACUGAGUGCUCACAACUAUUCAAAAUGGAUACUCCGUAGUUUCCUUUCCACCCUUUUCACUGUCACAGCCCCAUCCAGAACUCUUGGUGAAGCAAAGUCCUUCUCCAGCAAAGGAGCCAGAGAACCAGGGCCAGCUGGAGAAAGAGGGAUCAGGCUCUUCUUCCAGAAUAACAUGUUUGAUGAACUGCAGGAUUUUCACAUGAUAACCUUGGCUGUGAUUCUUCCUUUUCUUGGUUUCCAUCAUAGAACUUUGGGAUGCUAUCUGUCCAUUGCAUCCCAAAUUCCUUUGAUUCAUUAUUGGGAAUCAGCAUUUUCCAUCUCCCUUUGGACUUUUCACAACCUUCAAAAUUUUUACAAAAUGUACUGCUCUGAUACCCCUUGUUUCAUAAA